AUGGGCACUUCUCCUCAAUGGGCGGCCGCCCCCGGGGCCGCGGGCGACCCGGGCCCCGACGUGACCAAGGGUGCCAAGACCGAGGGGAGCCCGGUGCCCGAGCCCCCUGCUUCCAUGCUCAGCGUGGACGUGCCGGGGCUGCUCUCGCAGUUCGCGCGCAGCUUCGUGCUGCUCUUCCCCGUGUACGCGCUGGGCUACCUGGGGCUGAGCUUCAGCUGGAUACUGCUGGGGCUGGGGCUGCUCUUCUGGUGCCGGCGGAACAAGGGCCACAAGACGUCCCGCCUCUCCCGAGCGCUGGCCUUCCUGGAGGACGAGGAGCAGGCGGUGCGCCUCAGCGUCUGCUCCUCCGACCUGCCCGCCUGGGUUCAUUUUCCAGACACUGAAAGAGCAGAAUGGCUAAAUAAGACUGUCAAACACAUGUGGCCUUUUAUUUGCCAAUUUAUCGAGAAGUUGUUUCGUGAGACAAUAGAACCAGCUGUACGUGGAGCAAACACUCACCUAAGUACCUUUAGUUUCACAAGGGUUGACAUGGGUCAUCAGCCCCUCAGGAUCAACGGUGUUAAAGUGUAUACUGAAAAUGUAGACAAAAGGCAGAUUAUCUUGGACCUCCAGAUUAGUUUUGUAGGAAAUUGUGAAAUUGAUUUGGAGAUCAAGCGGUAUUUUUGCAGAGCUGGUGUGAAAAGUAUACAGAUUCAUGGUACAAUGCGAGUGAUCUUGGAACCAUUGAUUGGAGAUAUGCCCUUAGUUGGCGCUUUAUCGAUCUUCUUCCUUCGGAAACCACUUUUAGAAAUUAACUGGACAGGACUAACCAAUCUUCUAGAUAUCCCUGGACUGAAUGGUUUAUCAGAUACUAUCAUUUUGGAUAUAAUAUCAAACUACCUAGUGCUUCCCAAUCGAAUCACCGUUCCUCUUGUCAGUGAAGUUCAAAUAGCCCAGUUGCGGUUUCCCAUACCAAAGGGUGUUCUAAGGAUACAUUUUAUUGAAGCUCAGGAUCUUCAAGGAAAAGAUACUUAUCUUAAGGGACUUGUCAAGGGGAAGUCAGACCCCUAUGGAAUUAUUCGAGUUGGCAACCAAAUCUUCCAAAGCAAAGUUAUCAAAGAAAAUCUUAGCCCAAAGUGGAAUGAAGUUUAUGAGGCUUUAGUUUAUGAACAUCCUGGGCAGGAAUUAGAAAUUGAGCUCUUUGAUGAAGACCCAGAUAAAGAUGACUUUCUAGGAAGCCUUAUGAUUGAUCUUACUGAAGUUGAGAAGGAACGCCUUUUAGAUGAAUGGUUCACUCUGGAUGAAGUUACCAAAGGAAAGCUUCACUUGAAACUGGAAUGGCUCACAUUAAUGCCAACUGCUUCAAACCUCAGUAAGGUGCUAACGGACAUCAAAGCUGACAAGGACCAAGCCAAUGAUGGUCUUUCUUCUGCAUUGCUUAUCUUGUAUUUGGAUUCAGCAAGGAAUCUUCCAAGUAACCCAUUAGAAUGUAACCCCGACGGCUUGAAGAAGGCUGCAGUUCAGAAAGCUUUCAAGUCAGGGAAGAAAAUAAACAGCAACCCAAAUCCUCUUGUUCAAAUGUCAGUUGGACACAUGGCUCAAGAGAGUAAGAUUCGUUAUAAAACCAAUGAACCAGUGUGGGAAGAAAACUUCACUUUCUUCAUUCACAAUCCGAAGCGACAGGACCUUGAAAUUGAGGUGAAGGAUGAGGAACAUCAGUGUUCUCUGGGGAAUUUGAAGAUUCCUCUCAACCAGCUGCUUGAAAGUGAUGAUAUGACUAUGAACCAGCGAUUCCAACUUAGUAAUUCAGGUCCAAACAGCACUAUAAAAAUGAAGAUUGCCCUCAGGGUACUUAACCUUGAAAAGCAAGAAAGAUCUCCAGAUCACCAACAUUCAGCUCAAGUGAAAAGACCGUCUGUUUCCAAAGAAGGGAGAAAAGUAUCUGUCAAAUCUCAGAUUUCUGUAUCUCCAGCUCCCGAGGGCAGCAAAACAGCUCCGUCCACACCAAUAACUGAUGGCAGUAAAAAGACUGACAUGGAAGAGAAAGACCAGCCACCUAAUGCCAGCCCUCAGUGGCCACGGGAUCUCAGCAGAAGCUCCUCCAGCCUCCAGGCCCCCAACUCUGCGUACUCCCCAAGUCACAUCUCUGUGAAGGAGCCCACACCAAGCAUAGCCUCGGAUAUAUCAUUGCCUAUUGCCACACAGGAACUUCGGCAGAGAUUGCGACAACUUGAGAAUGGAACAACAUUGGGGCAGUCUCCACUUGGACAGAUUCAGUUGACAAUACGGCACAGCUCUCAGAGAAACAAGCUUAUUGUGGUUGUGCAUUCCUGCAGGAAUCUUAUUGCCUUUUCUGAAGAUGGAUCGGAUCCUUAUGUCCGGAUGUAUUUAUUACCAGACAAGAGGAGGUCAGGAAGAAGAAAAACCCAUGUUUCAAAGAAAACAUUGAAUCCAGUGUUUGAUCAAAGCUUUGAUUUUAGUGUUUCAUUACCAGAGGUGCAAAGGAGAACCUUAGAUGUCGCAGUAAAGAACAGUGGUGGUUUCUUGUCCAAAGACAAAGGACUUCUUGGCAAAGUAUUGGUUGCUCUAGCCUCUGAAGAACUUGCCAAAGGCUGGACCCAGUGGUAUGAUCUCACUGAAGAUGGUACACGGCCGCGUAUGGUGUCAUAGAUCAUUCUUGGACAUGAAGACUACUUCCUUGUAUUGAUCCCUUCUGUGUAUACUUUGAAUGCAUCACUCUCACAAAUGUACCAAUAUUAUUUUUAUAAUUUCAUAUGGUUAGUGUUACAUACUUUAAUAGUUUUAUAAAUCGUAUGUUGGAAUAUUUAGGCAACUAUAGCCAAUAUUAUUGUUAAAUUGUAUCUGUUUAGUUUGUUCUAGUAUUUCACCAGUUAUUGUAAAGUACAAUAAUGGAAUAGUUAAUUACAUUGUUAUGUAAAACUGUGUGUCAGUGGUUUCGACUAGGAAGUGGGUGUAUGUAAUGCUUUAUUAUAACCUUGUUUUGUAUAUCACCAAGGUACACUAUGCCAUGUAAAUAGAUUUAUAUUUUUUAUAAUGUCUACAUGCUGGUUAGAAUUCAGAAGCAAAUGGAUCGAGAAAAUAUAUUUUCUUCUAAAACUUAUGAAACUCUUAUGACAAUAGUCAUUUGUCUUUGCAGCAAAAGUUAUUAGUGACCUAGUCUGUGUUUCUUUUUAAGGAGAAAAGCUGAAACAUUAUUCAAUAUUAGCAUAUUUCUUUCCGAUUACACCUGCUGAAAGAAAGCACUGAAAAUGUUCACAUUUUCAUAAGUAUAACUAUGUAUUAUCAGAAAGUCAGUUGAAGGCUCUUAAGGAAAAAUGUUUUAUAACUGAGUAAUAUAAGCUAUUAAGACAAUUGUCAUGGUUCAUAAAUUGUGAUAUACUAAUCUGAAAUUUGUUACUAGAAAUGAAAUGUUUUUGUUUAUUUUUAAUUGCUUAUUAUAACUCCUUCAUAAAAUGAUGCACAGAUACACAAAUUACAGUUUUCCUAAAACACUAGGCAGAGCAUACUUCAGUGUCACAGUUAGGAUGAUGUACAGUAGUCCUUUGGUCAUGAGCCUUAUUCAGCUGGAGGGUUAUUCCAGCCUGUCAUGGCAGAGUGACACAUGUUGGCAUUACAAACGUUACACGAUCAACUGGGGUGGGCAAAUGGAAUGUUAAAAUUGAUGACUUUUCAUUAGGUAAUGUGAGAUGAGUUCAGUUAACCUCAAGGUCAGCAGUCCAAAGCCACCAGCCAUUCCCGGAGAAAGAUGAGGCUGUCUGUUUCCAUGAAGAUCUGCAGCCUUGGAAACCUGGGACAGGGUCGCUGUAAGGUGGAACUGCCUCAAGAGUGGUGGACUGAAGGAGCCUCCGAGAUGCGCUUAAAGUUCAUGGCUGCUCCACGGAAAGGUUGACAGUUAUUGUCCACCAGCUGCCCCUGGGAGAAAGCUGCGGCUUCUGUAAAAAAAAAAAUAACCGCCUUGGAAACCGUCUGUGGCAUUUGUACCCCAUCCUCUGGUCAUGAUGAGCGGGGAUGAUGUGCUGGGCCGCUAUUUUUAUUCAGCGGGUGCACGUAGGCCAACACCAGGGCCACAGGUGUCAGCGCAGCUGCCAACACAAGCAGCCAUCGGUUUCACAUAAAAGCCCCCUGCGUUUUCUCACGUGAUGCCAUGACUGACCUUAAGAUUAGGAUGCUGUUACAUAAUUUUUCUUUGAAUUUUUUUUUCUCUUUAGAUUAUAAAAAACAUGUUUUACAGACUUAAGAGACCCAAAAGCCUCUUGUGAGGUGAGGUGGUCUCAUAAGCUAUGCACGCCUAUAAACCAAGAAUGCACUUGUGCAAAGAGAUCUUUACAUAUAGCUUCUAAGCUGCGUGGUAAAAAUGGUUUCCCUGGCCAUGGUAACGUUUUAAACUUAUAUAGAUGUAUUAGAGGAAAUGUACAUGGUAAUGUUUUAAAACUAUCUAAAUGUAUUAGAGGAAUUACAGUUUUGUCAUUAAAAGUGGGGGUCUUACUGGUUUAAUGAAACUAAACCACUUGUAGGUGGCUCACAAGAACAAACAUACCAAAGUGCCUGUGACGAGCAGAGAUUGUUCUUUCUCCUCAGCUUAUUCUUUCGACACAGACCAGCCUUCCAGAAGGUUUUCCUUUCAUUUUAAUUUUUAAUUUAUACUUGGAACCAUGGCUCUACUUAGAGUGGAGUAUGUAACGGCUACACAACACAUUUCAUGUCACCUAAAGACGAGGGUAGUCUCACUAUUUACUGUUGAAGGAAACUUAAUCCUCAAGCCUCUUUGCAAACCAUCAACAAUGCUAGUGUAUAGGGUUGAUUCUUCUCGAAAGAGACUUGUUUAUACGUUCAUGUACAUAUGAAAAUGUGUAUAAACAAAAUAUGAUAUUUUAGUGUGAGUAAAAGAAGAAGGAAAAUCAUAGCAGAUUGUUUACCUGUGGUAUUAGAUUAUUUGAAGUUUUUGUUUUUAAUUAGGUCUAUUGAAGGGCUUCUGACAUCAUCUAUCAAAGACAAGAAAAACUCAUCCAGAUGUUAGCAUAUCAGGCAUUUUCACCAAUACCCUAAAUGUUGAGUUUUGUAUUCAUGCUUAAUCUAUCCAAUGGUACAGGUGGUACAAGACCACGUGUGAUAGCAUAAACCACUUUUGAACAUAUUUUAUGUAAUGAAAUGCUUUAUUUCAGCCAGUGGGCUAAGUAGAUACAACUAAAGACUAAAGUACAAAGAAACCCAGUGCACAAUGGGCUACCCUUUGAUGCCAGAAGCUUCCGUUCAGUUACCAUCAGUCGAUUGUGGGAGAGCUGUCACCAAGGAGUCUGGAUGCCACCUCCACACCUACAGAUGAUGAAGGCUCCCAUUCUGUUUCAAAGAAAGGAAGGAAAUGGAUGAAUAUGGCACUAAAGCCCCUCCCAGAGAAGAUUAGAAUUAAAAGGGAAGCUCGUCCAUGACACAGGGGAAAGGUGACAGAAGGACCAUCAAACCCAUUCCUAGGAGACUGAAGAUACAGAAAAUUCUCAGUUGUUUCCAAAGUGUUCAUUCUUAGUUUAUAGUCAUUGAUUUGUCUAAUAAAAGGGAACUUUAGCUUUUCUACUUUGAAGCCAAAACUGUGGAGGGAAAACAUCUUAUCGUGCAUCCUGAAGUGUAGUUUUGGUUAUCAUGUACAUAUGGGUUGUUUAUCCUGUGCCUUAAAGUAUGGAACUAUAAAGGUGUUUUCAAGUUUCUGAUUUAAAACAAAUGAAGCCUUGCUAUAUUUACCACAAUUUCUAUUCUGUACUAUGAGAAUUCCUUGUACUGCCUUUCAUCAUUAAGAAAGUCAGCACUUCUUUUUCAAGAACAGAAGCCAAAUAUAAAUUAGUGUGGACACAGCUUUGCAUUUUUACUAUGGUUAUUAUUUGAAUUCCAAUUCUAGCUCUGCCCUCUCUGUAGAAGGAAAAGAGCAGAGGGAUUUAUUAUUAUUAUUAUUAUUAUUAUUACAGACUCCUUUUUGCUCAACUAAUUUUACAUGACGGUGCAUGUAUUUAUUCAAUAAAACUUUUCUGUUAGA